AUGGAUAGUGCUUUGGACAAUGUACGUGAUCAGCUGGCUGAUCUACAGGACGCGGACGCGAAGUCGACCAACUCAUCUGCCGCUAAAACCCCUACUCGCCAUAGGUUCUUCCUUAGCCUCCUCCGAGCUCGAUACCAGCGUGUAAUCUGUGACGAGGGUCAUCGUAUCAAAACCAUCUCCUCCAGGCAGCACCAGUCCGUGGCUAAGCUCUCUCGAAAUGUCACAUGGUUCAUGACGGCGACUCCAAUGUGGAAUAAACCGCUUGACUUUUGUGGCUACCUUUCGCUCCUCUGGACGGAGAUGGUAGAGGCACAGUACCUCAACGCUAACCAGAUCGAGAGCUUGGCCGAUGUGGAUGAUUACCGGGCAUGGUCCGCCAAAAAAGAACUUCCAACGACCGACCUCCUAUAUUACCUGCUGUCCCUAAGUGGCCUCCUCUCCCUUAGCUAA